AUGGCAACCGCAAUGGAUUGGUCUCCAGACUUCUGUCUUGCGUGUGAUAAACAGACGGAUGGCAGAGUAUACUGCUCAGAAUCGUGUCGUUUGGCCGAGUAUGAAGUAGCUUCAUCGAGUGCCGGAUCAACAGCGUCAUCUCCCUCCUCUCCACGAGCUGCCUUUUCUUGGCCAUCACGAUCUUCGCGCACAGGAUUUCACCUCGAGCCAGCCUACAACUUCAGCAACCCACAGCCUUAUGGCACCACUCCCUCCCCACGUACCUCCACCUUUUACCAAUCCUCCCGACCACAAACCUCACCUCAGUACUACACCAAGCCAGUCUUGACUCCAUCCAGUUCCCAAUCGAGCCUUUGCUCCAUGCAGAGCAGUACCACGUCAACAGAACCAACACACUUGUCGGACGAGUCGAGGAAGGCAUUGAGAGCGUAUGCCAGUGCAUUCGAUCAAUCUCGAAACAAUCGUCGUCAAUCCAACUAA